UGUCUGAGAGAGAGAGAGAGCGAGAGUGAGUGAGUGUGAGUGCUGGGUAGGGUGGUGGCCGUUACGUUCGGGGCAACGGCUACGGCAGUGGAGAAGUAAGAAGAGAAACAACGUCCGGCGCUUCCGCCUUCGCUUAGGAGGAGGAGGAGCUGGUAGGGAAAGGAAAGUGAUUCGUCCUGGGCCUGGACUAGACAGAGUCGGGCCGGUGGGUGUCUGGGCUAUGAGCCUUUGAGGGUCGCUUGGGACGCGGAGCGAGACACGAGAGCCGAGAGGUAUGUCUCAGCCGCCGCCGCCGCCUCCGCUGCCGCCGCCACCUCCUCCCCCUGAGGCUCCGCAGACUCCGCCGUCCCUGGCGGCGGCGGCGGCGGCGGCUCCUCCGGGGGGGCUCUCGAAACGGAGAGACCGGAGAAUCCUCUCUGGGAGCUGCCCGGAUCCGAAGUGCCAGGCGCGUCUGUUCUUCCCGGCCUCCGGUUCUGUCAGCAUCGAGUGUACCGAGUGCGGACAGCGGCACGAGCAGCAACAGCUGCUGGGGGUGGAGGAGGUGACCGACCCGGACGUAGUGCUACACAACCUGCUGCGGAACGCGCUGCUUGGGGUGACAGGGGCACCCAAGAAGAACACGGAACUGGUAAAGGUGAUGGGCCUUUCUAACUACCACUGCAAAUUGUUGUCGCCCAUAUUAGCUCGCUAUGGAAUGGAUAAACAGACAGGCAGGGCUAAGCUUCUCCGGGACAUGAACCAGGGCGAACUGUUCGAUUGCGCUUUGCUAGGUGACCGCGCCUUCCUCAUCGAACCAGAGCAUGUUAACACAGUGGGCUAUGGCAAGGACCGCUCCGGAAGCCUCCUGUAUUUGCAUGACACACUUGAGGACAUCAAGCGGGCCAAUAAAAGCCAGGAAUGCCUCAUUCCAGUUCAUGUGGACGGGGAUGGACACUGCUUGGUGCAUGCUGUGUCCCGUGCUCUAGUAGGCCGGGAGCUCUUCUGGCAUGCCUUGAGAGAGAAUCUUAAACAGCACUUUCAGCAGCACCUGGCCCAAUAUCAAGCCCUGUUCCAUGACUUCAUUGAUGCCGCUGAAUGGGAGGAUAUUAUCAAUGAGUGUGACCCUCUGUUUGUACCACCUGAGGGUGUUCCCUUGGGCCUGAGGAACAUCCACAUAUUUGGCCUUGCCAAUGUAUUACAUCGCCCUAUUAUUCUGCUAGAUUCUCUCAGUGGCAUGAGAAGCUCUGGUGAUUAUUCAGCCACCUUUCUGCCUGGGCUCAUCCCUGCAGAGAAGUGCACAGGGAGAGAUGGUCAUUUGAACAAACCAAUCUGUAUUGCAUGGAGUAGCUCUGGUAGAAACCAUUAUAUCCCCUUGGUAGGCAUAAAAGGGGCUGCUUUGCCCAAAUUGCCUAUGAAUUUGUUGCCUAAAGCAUGGGGUGUGCCUCAGGACCUUAUUAAAAAGUACAUUAAACUUGAGGAGGAUGGUGGUUGUGUUAUUGGAGGAGACAGAAGUUUGCAGGAUAAAUACUUACUUAGGCUUGUGGCUGCUAUGGAAGAAGUCUUUAUGGACAAACACGGUAUCCAUCCUAGUUUGGUUGCUGAUGUCCAUCAGUAUUUCUACAGGAGGACUGGGGUGAUAGGAGUUCAGCCUGAAGAAGUUACAGCAGCUGCUAAAAAAGCAGUAAUGGAUAAUCGCCUUCACAAAUGUUUGCUCUGUGGUGCCCUUUCUGAACUUCAUGUUCCUCCAGAGUGGUUGGCUCCAGGAGGGAAACUGUAUAACCUGGCAAAAAGUACUCAUGGACAGCUGAGGCCUGACAAAAAUUAUAGCUUUCCCUUGAACAAUUUAGUUUGCUCAUAUGAUUCAGUGAAAGAUGUUCUGGUACCAGACUAUGGAUUGAGUAACCUGACAGCCUGUAAUUGGUGCCAUGGCACAUCUGUGCGAAGGGUCAGAGGAGAUGGGUCUAUUGUGUAUUUGGAUGGGGACAGAACUAAUUCUAGGUCCACUGGUGGCAAAUGUGGUUGUGGAUUCAAACAUUUUUGGGAUGGUAAAGAGUAUGACAAUCUACCAGAAGCUUUUCCUAUUACUUUGGAAUGGGGUGGAAGAGUGGUCAGAGAAACAGUAUAUUGGUUCCAGUAUGAAAGUGAUUCAUCUUUGAAUAGUAAUGUUUAUGAUGUUGCAAUGAAACUUGUUACCAAGCACUUUCCAGGUGAAUUUGGGAGUGAAAUCCUAGUUCAGAAAGUUGUCCAUACUAUACUGCAUCAGACUGCCAAAAAGAAUCCCGAUGAUUAUACUCCUGUAAAUAUAGAUGGUGCUCACGCCCAAAGAGUUGGAGAUGUACAAGGACAAGAGUCAGAGUCUCAGCUCCCAACUAAAAUUAUUCUUACUGGACAGAAAACAAAAACUUUGCACAAGGAGGAGUUAAACAUGAGUAAAACUGAAAGAACUAUUCAACAGAAUAUUACGGAACAGGCUGCUGUAAUGCAGAAACGGAAAACAGAGAAGUUAAAACAAGAACAAAAAGGGCAACCCAGGACUGUUUCUCCUAGUACCAUUCGUGAUGGUCCGUCCUCUGCACCUGCUACCCCUACCAAGGCUCCAUAUUCACCAACAACUUCAAAGGAAAAGAAGAUCCGAAUAACAACUAAUGAUGGACGACAGUCCAUGGUUACACUUAAAUCUUCAACAACCUUUUUUGAACUUCAAGAAAGCAUAGCCAGAGAAUUUAACAUUCCUCCAUAUUUACAGUGUAUUCGAUAUGGCUUUCCUCCUAAAGAGUUAAUGCCACCCCAGGCAGGAAUGGAAAAGGAGCCGGUUCCUUUACAGCAUGGUGACAGAAUUACAAUAGAGAUUCUAAAAAGUAAAGCGGAAGGUGGUCAGUCUGCUGCAGCACACUCUGCCCACACUGUGAAACAAGAAGAGAUUGCUGUUACUGGUAAACUAUCCAAGGAACUUCAGGAGCAAGCUGACAAAGAAAUGUACUCCUUGUGUCUUUUAGCAACAUUAAUGGGAGAAGAUGUAUGGUCUUAUGCAAAGGGGCUUCCUCACAUGUUCCAGCAGGGUGGAGUGUUCUACAAUAUUAUGAAGAAAACCAUGGGUAUGGCUGAUGGCAAGCAUUGUACUUUUCCACAUCUGCCUGGCAAAACCUUUGUCUAUAAUGCUUCUGAAGAUAGACUGGAGUUGUGUGUGGAUGCUGCAGGACAUUUCCCCAUCGGUCCUGAUGUUGAAGAUUUAGUUAAAGAGGCUGUAAGUCAGGUUCGAGCAGAGGCUACUACAAGAAGUAGAGAAUCCAGUCCCUCACAUGGGCUAUUAAAACUAGGUAGUGGUGGAGUAGUGAAAAAGAAAUCUGAGCAGCUUCAUAACGUAACUGCCUUUCAGGGAAAAGGGCAUUCUCUAGGAACUGCAUCCAGUAACCCACACCUUGAUUCAAGAGCUAGGGAAGCCCCAGUUGUACGGAAGCAUAACACAGGGACAGACUUUAGUACUAGUUCCAUUAAAAUAGAGCCUUCUGUAUUCACAGCUGCUCCUAGUAAUAGUGAGCUUAUUCGAAUAGCUCCUGGAGUAGUUACAAUGAGAGACAGCAGGCAGCUUGAUCCUGAUUUGGUUGAGGCCCAGCGAAAAAAAUUGCAAGAAAUGGUUUCUUCUAUCCAGGCUUCAAUGGACAAGCACUUGCGGGAUCAAAGUACAGAGCAGCCACCAUCUGAUCUUCCUCAAAGGAAAGCAGAAGUUGUGAGUUCUUCUGUGAAGUCUGGGAGUCUUCAGACUGGCUUACCUGAAUCUUUUUCCUUAACUGGUGGCACUGAAAAUUUGAAUAUAGAAACAACUGAUAGCUGUGUGGCAGAGGCACUGGGAGCAGCAUUUGCCACAAGGUCAAAAGCACAAAAGGGAAAUUCAGUGGAGGAGCCUGAAGAGAUGGAUAGCCAAGAUGCUGAAAUGACAAACACAACUGAGCCAAUGGAUCACUCUUGAUUUAUUUAGAGGCUAAUAAUAAAGGCAGAAUGUUUAUUGUGAAUAUGUAACAUUUGUUGGCUGGGCCACAUAACUCAAUUAGUCAUAAAAAUCUUGUACGUAUAUAAUUCAAAGAUUAUAUCUUGUUAUUCAGUGCAUGACAGCAAGUGUGUGAUUGGCAAUAGCUUUUAAUAUACUGCUGCCCAGGCUGGCUCUGAAUUCCUAUAAAUUAGUUAUUAGAUCUGCUGAGAUGAGUUUCUUCCAUACAUGUGGUUCAUUGGAAGUUUUUGUAACUUUAAUUCCAUGAAAGUCUUAAUGUUUCAAACAUGAAAAUUCUCUUGCUAAUGUUUGAUUUCUGAAAAGGAUAGAACUGGGGGAAAUGAGAUUUUGCUAAUGUUGAUGUCAUCAAGAUAACCAUUCCACAUAUUUAUUAGAGUGUCAAAAGAUUUAUGUAAAUUUGAAGGUUAUCUGAACUAAAUUAUAUCUUAAAAUUCAUAGAAGGAUUUAUUAGAUACUGGGAUCCUGACAUUUCCGUGAACGUAAACACAUUCAUAGAGAUAUGUAUUCUUGGUGAAAAAUAUCUUGAGAAUAGAGUGUAAUGAUAUAACAUUUUGCUGAUUUAAGCAAGGCUAGGGGGAAAAUAUCUAUUCUAGAAUGAUAAAGUCAAUGUGAUUCAGUAAUGUUGCUGUCUGAGCCAACACAGCCAAUUGUGUGCUCUGUUGUUGAUAAUAUGUUACCAUUAUUUUUUUAAUCCUGGCCUGGUCAAGUACCACUGAAUUUUUUUCUUUAAUCUUGCAGAAAAGUUGAUUGCAAAGUGUGGUAGAAAAUAUGAAAAUAAUGGUAGCAGUAGUUAAUCUCUAAUUUUCAGAGUUUGUCAGAUUCACAGAGAAUUUAUAUAUAAGAAUUUAUCUUUAUGAAUGAGUUACAUUGUUCUACAAUUUUGAUCAAUGGUAUUUAAGCUUGUAUAUGCUAAAUGUCUUUGAGCCCCUUUGAACCAAAAAUGUUUCCUUUUUUCCCUUAGCAUCCAUAAAAUUUUCUUUAUUUGUUGGCUUCACUUGGAUUUGGAUGCAAAUUUUACUGCAUCAUACCCUGAUCAACUGGGCAUUUGCUUAAAUAGUGUAUUCAUCAAAUCUUUAGUGCCAGUUUCCUCAAGAAGCAGCUUUCAUGCUUAUUAUACCUUAAAGACAAAGAAUGUUUAUCCUGAGAUUGGUAUUGCACUAUUUUAUCCUAUUCUGCAAAGCUGUAUUCUGAAAUGUACAUUUCAAUCCAUCUUUUUCCUUUGUUCACUGAAAUUAAGUUGAAUUUGAAUGGAUGAAAGACAAAAUGUAUGUUAAUACAAUCUCUUAUCUAGAGCAUUCAAAGCCUGGCUGUCUCUGUUUGCACAUGUAACAGAUACAGAACUGUGUUUUCAGUCUAAGAAAAUGUUCAUCAGAAAGUAUAUUAUCAGGUGUUUCAAAAUUUCAACCUGUUGAUUCAUUAAGGAAUAUAUAUACAGUACUUUGACUUGUGUUUCCAAAGAAGGGAGGUUUUAGAUUUCUUUCUAUGAAAGUAUUUCUGACUGAAUCCACUUACUAAAUGAACUACUCCAUUUUGAAUCAGGAAAGAAUGGAGAAUCUAGACAUUUUGCAAGUGAUAUCUGAGCAAGAUAUAUAUUUGGGUUUUAUCACAUCACAUUUUAAACCAUAUUUUAUCUCUUUUCUUCUAAAUUUAGUUUCAAUGAUCUUAAUACCUAAAGAGCAGGAAAAUUUAGGACUUUUAUAUUGUGCACUCGUUUUGCAUAAAGAACUGCAGCUACCAAAUAAUUAUUUAGUUAGUAUAGGUGGCUUCUGGGUAUAAAACUAAAAAUUAAAACUACCACUAACCACUAUAAUUAUUUUGGGCUCUUUCACCCACUGAAACUGGCUUUUUCUUAUUAGUUUAAAUACAGGAAAACUGUUUAGCAAGCAGAUGCACUGCUUCCAGGUAAAUGAUAUAAUCACCUUUUCUUUAACAAAUAUUUUCUUCACCUGUGGCUUGGCAUGUUUAGUUAAUAACUGAGAAAUACACUCUCAUAGCAUAAAGUAAAAGUGUCAGGAAUAAAUUUUAUCUUCCUAUUAUAUUAAAUAUUUGCAUUUAGUCAAAUUAGAAUGCACCUGUGAACAUUAGAAGAAGGGCUUUAAACUCUGAUAACACUAUUAAUUUCUCUUGCCACAGCAAUGCUAUUUAGAAGCCAGUUAGGUAUGAAUAUUAUAAUAGUUUGGGUUCUCCCUUGAUAAAGAAUAAAAGGCUUGAUUUUGAGAGUGGUCAGAUUUUCUGAAAUUAUUUUAAAUUUGCUGAAAUUUGGGUGGAGUAACUAGUAGGUUUUGAGAAGCAGGCCAGGUAUCAUCUUCAUAAGUUUUAGAAAGAAUUUAAGUGCUUAAUUUUCAUCCUUUGUCCUUCCAUGUGGUUAUCAUAAUCAAAUACAUGACCACAGACUUCUUAUUUUUUAGUACUGCCAUUUGUGGUCACCACAACUUUGAGUUCAAGCUAGAGAUCAUAAAUCGUUAAAAUAUUUUUUUUAGCCCUAGAUGUAACAUAACCAUAACUCAAUCUUAUAAUUAAAUUCUAUUUGCGAUGUUUCACUGAAACUUAAAGUAAAAUUGUAAGUUUUUCUCUUCAGUAAUACAUUUUAUAAGUAGUCAUACCAAGUUUGAAAUGAUGACCAAAAGUCCAAGUAGAGUUGAAGAUGGUGUAUGUUUAGAAUAGUGGUAAUGACAAACUGGUUGAAAUUGAAGAAAACAAGACACUGCCAUAUAUUAUAAGCUAGAAUAUAAUGAACUCCAAGAGAAUGUUUACUCAGGAACUGGUUAAAAAGUAAGCCUAAGUUUCCCCUUUCACUAUGUUUCAAGUAUUUUGUUGGAAAAUGUUAGAAUGAAGACCUGAGAGAAAUUUAGCAAAUGCUAUUGACUGUGAAAUUUGCUUUAUAUCUUCUGAUGAUUUUUAGUUUGGUUUUCACAAUCAAGCCUACUGCUUGCAAUUAAGACAUCAAUCUGAAAUGCAUCUGUGAAUCCCAGCCACAGGUCCCUAUUGCCAUUCUUUUUAAGUAUCUAACUUGAUUUGAAAUGAGCAGACUUUUGUGUAUGGUCUCUUACCUCAGGGAAGAUCACUUGCUAGCAAUUCAUAUAUUACUAAUGACAGGUUUUUGAGAAUUGUACUGACAUCACAUGUUAGCUACUAAAUGCACAAUUUAUAACUAUUACUUUAUGGAGCUGCCUACUAAUACUGACUGCUAGUGAACAUUUUCUUAAAAAUUUAGAACUCGCUAAUUACUAAUCUUUAGCUAUGAAGUAAACUCGUAACUUCUGUCAUUAAUUAUGCUUUGAUCAAUAUAGUGACAAUAUCUAAUACUGUGUUUAUUUCAGAAUAUCAGUACAAUUUUGUCUUCAUUUUUCAAUAGGAAUUUCAGUUGGCCCACACUUAAAAUACUGCAGAGUAGAUAUUGAGAGUUUCAUGGUUCCCAAAACAAGAUCUCCAUAUUAAGAUUUUCCUAGAAGCCUUUGCAAAAUUGAAUUAAGCUGCAUUUGAUACGAAUUUAAAAUGACCUUUAUCAUAGCAGUAGUGAGAUACAUACUCUACAUAAGUUGAGUAGAUAUAUCCUACAGUUCAAGAUUAUAUAAUUUAACAAAAUUGUACAUUCUCAAGGCUCUUAACAAUAUAAGAAAUUAAUUUGCAAAAGAGAACUAUUCACUUGAAAACAUACCACAGUAGAAUGUGUACUUAAGAAAUAAAAUAACAAAGCGGAGCUAUUGUAAGAUUUAUAGUUAACUGUAAGUUCUGCCAUUCUUAAUAAUUCUUUGAGAUACUGUGUUUCAAUUCAUAUUUAAUGAUCAUUAAAUUGUGGGAAUUUUAACGUUUGUUCCAAAAUAGCAGAAAUUGUAAAAAAUUGUGAAUUAUUGGAGAAAAUGCCAUUACUUGUAUAUCUGACAUUUAAUUUUUUAAAUUAUGGAGUCUACAUGCUUUUGUAGUAUAAUAUUAAUACAAUGAUUAUUCUCUUGUAAAAGAAAAGGAAAAUUAGUAAAAAAAAAAGUUUUAGUUGAUAUUAUCUGCUUGUGAGUAUCAAUUACUUAGUAUUUAAAAUUUGAAGGUAUUGCAUAUUUUUCUUUAGAAUGCACAAGUCCCUGAGCCUUUUAUGCCUAUGAUAGGGCAAUAAAAGAGUGAAAAGGUUAUCAAUAUUUCAGGUUUAUUUGACUUUAAGAAUUAGUGCCAAGAGCUGGAGAGUCUACUUUUUGGAGAGAAAUACUCUUUAGAAUAUGUAAAAAUAAGUGGUAAUGUAAAUAUUUAGAAAAAUCACAUAGCUAGUGCUUUAAUUGCUCAAUUAAAUAGUAUAAAUGUUCUAUCAUCCCUAAGGCACUGGCUGUUACCCAUUAUUUUCUGAUUUUGUGGUUGCUGUAUAUAUUACAUUUGAGUAAUAAAUAAUUGGUAAUAGUGUAUUAUAACUAUAUAGUGUUCUACAGCACACCUCACACUGUACAGUAUUUGAAGUUUUCUUUUAUAUUAAUAAAACUAUAAGUUAAUACAUA